AUGGGUGUUACCGGUGGUGGGCUCGACAGUGAGGAAGAGAUUACUGCAGGCACACCAAUGAUGGACAAAUGGAAAGCAGCUCAGGAAGUAUGCCCUGAGUUCUAUCGACUUAAGAUCAUGCUGGGCGAGCGCAUGAAUGUCAGCACUCAUACCAUUAACAACAGUGGUCAGAGCAUCGAUCUCACAAGUGUUCUUCCCGGUAGCAGCAGGCGCGCUGCUCGGAGCGCAUCCGAUAACGAAGUAACUACGCAUUCAGACGCUGCAGCAGAAGAGGAGGAUGAGGACGCAGAGGGUGACGAUGAUAACGAUGAUAUAGUUGAGACAACAGAGGAUGGAGUCCCCACGAUCGCCGUUACGGAGGCCUCCCCGCGUAAGAAUAAGGGUAAAGAGAAGGUCUCUCGCAGUUCUAGCCCUUCGACCAGAUCUCAAUCAAUCUCGCCGAGUCGUAAGCGUGGUCCGAGCGAAUUUGAACAUCUCCUGGAUAUCGUGGAGCAGGGGGAGUCUAGAAAACGUCGUCGCGAUAUAGGGAUCGAGCAGACCAAGCGUCUGGAGUCACAGGAGGAAACCAGACGACAAGCAGGAAAAGACUCGUUGGAACUGCAGCGUCUGAAGCUGGAAAUGGCUGAGCGUCAGGCUGUUCGUGAGCAUGAAAUGACUAUGGCAAAGCUACGUAUAUACGGCGUGGAAGCAGUGGCUAUGCCAUUGGAGAGUAGCAUGAAGAAGAUGAAUAUCAAUGUCAAUGCUAUGGAAUCUCCUGGUACUUUGAACGCGGCCGGCGAUGCAAUUGGGCCGGUGAAUGGAGCACUUGAAGACAUUUCGUCCAUUGACUAUCAGGAAUGGAUGGAACAAGAAGACAAGGUGAUUUAA